ACUGUCGCUCAGCACAGAACGGAAAAGAACUCACUGAGGUCAUACCUCCAAGUGCAUUUACCUCGCAUGCACUCAUUCUCACCGGGUUGUUACGACACCGCCCAGAUCCCAAUAAUGUGCCCCAGGACGACGAUAUGGACAUUGACAGCUACGACCAAGAACAAAGCGACCAGAGUGCCAUGCAGCCGGUGGAAUCUUCAAGAUCUACAGAUGAUCAACUUCUCAUUGUACAGUCUCUGAGCCAACCUGGCGCUCCAAGCGUUGCUAUGCAGCCUGAUGCUGGCCCGCAACCCCAAUCUCUGGGCGGCGACAGUCUGUUGACAGCCGACUCGACCAAGGCCGAUGAACUCACCGCCAGUUCGCUGCAGCCUCAGGGGCCUUCCAAACGGAGUCGAUCCAGCUGGGCUGCUGGUGAGGGCGACACGAUUGCGAACGAUGCCCCGCUGCCCAAGAAACCCUUGCUCUCAGACGACUCGACAGAGCCACCAGCGUCCAAGGCACCCAGCACCUCCGAAGGAGCCACUGCCGAAGCAGAAGCACAGGCAAGUCAUACAGAACCAAGCACGUUGCAGGGACUUGACUCAUACCCAGCCCCUGCCUCCGCGGCGUCGGCCCCGUCCACGCCCACCGGCUCCAAGACACCCGCAAAUAACAUCAAGACGGAAGAGAGCGAGCCUGUGCACAAGAGAGGUGCGCUUGUUGCGGCGUUCGUGCCCAUUCCAUCGGACGAAGACAGCGACCUAGGGCUCAAGUGCUUCAUUGUCAAGAUCAAGAGACUCAACGCCGAGAAACAGACCUAUGUCGUCGUCGACCCCGACCCGGAGGCCCUUGACGACGGCAGCAUCGAAGACACUUGGGACGUCCAUCCCGUCAGCAUCGUCAAUUACAAAUCGAAUGUAUUGGCAGAGCUUCUCCGAGCAGGCGAUCGAGUCUAUGCGCUCUACCGCGAGGCCCCCGAUGCGCCACUCUCAACCGAGUUCUACGAAAGCACCGUCAUCAAGAUCAGCAAGAACAUCGUGUCCGUUCGCUACUCGGACGGGGAUACAGGCACGGUUCAGCGAGACGAACUAUUCAAGCUUUCGUCUGACCACCACGACCGUCUCAAGAAGCACAUUCAGACGCACUAUGCCAGUCUCCUCUCACCCAAGCCCAAGGCCAAGACCAAGGCCAGCUCCAAGACCAAGGGCAAAUCGCGAGCUGCCAGUGGCAGCAACAGUACCGGAGACUCCAACGCCGCCACACCCACUGCUGCCUCGGCCGCUGGGACGCCCAAGUCGAAAUCGAGAUCUGGAUCGGCGGUGACAAGCCCCUCAUCCUCCUCGUCGUCAUCGCGGAAGAAGAUUGCUCGGUCAGACUCGUAGAGGGUCUCGAGAGACAAGUCGCGCACCAAGCUGGGCUCUGAUGAUGCUGUCAAGUGCAAAUCCGACAUCAUCGCCCAUCGGCAACAGUAUGAUUGUCACGCGAUUGACGACUGGCUCUUGGUGGCAGCUAUCAAUUGUAUUUUCUGGUCCUUGCUGUGGCCGCGAAUGGACAUUU